UGUUGCGGCAUUGACGUUAAAGUCAUAGCGCAAAGAGCUUUAGAUAUAGAAUUUACGCUGUCCUGAGUGAAGCGUAUUGCAGAUAGUUCCAUUGGAGUGAAUUGGGAAUAACGGGUUGAUUUCACAGAACAAUUGUAGUCUGAAGACAAUACUUGAAAAAGCGUACCAGACGAAUCAAUUACUGCACAGCUUUGUCGCCCAUAAGUGUCAGAAAUUCCUCACGAUCAUCGUGCUUAUACCUGUGCAUGGCGGCUGUCAUCCUGUGUGUUACAAUUUUUGUUAAUAAUUCUAAGCAUUUGACUAGAAUUUUUUAGAUCCUUCUAGUGCAACGAAGAGAAAUGGCAGAUUCUGCAAGUGAAUCCGAUUCGAGCAGUAUUGACGGAGGUCCAAUAAUGAUGCCCCCAAGCCCCAUUACUAGAGAACAACUACAAAAGCGCAUCGAAAGUUUACAGCAGCAAAAUAGAGUACUUAAAGUGGAAUUGGAAACAUACAAACUCCGCGUAAAAGCUUUACAAGAAGAGAAUAGAGGAUUAAGGCAAGCAUCGGUUAUAAUACAAGCUAGAGCGGAGCAAGAAGAGGAGUUUAUAUCAAAUACUCUGCUCAAGAAGAUUCAAGCGUUGAAGAAAGAGAAGGAAUCGUUGGCACAUCAUUAUGAAAGAGAGGAGGAGUGCUUGACUAAUGAUUUGUCUCGCAAACUGACUCAAUUGCGCCAAGAGAAAUGCCGGUUGGAGCAGACACUGGAACAAGAACAAGAGUGCCUUGUUAAUAGGUUAAUGAGGAAGAUCGAGAAGCUCGAGGCGGAAACGUUGGCGAAGCAAAGCAAUUUGGAGCAGUUAAGGAGGGAAAAGGUGGAAUUGGAGAACACUUUGGAGCAGGAACAGGAAGCACUCGUGAAUAAAUUGUGGAAGCGCAUGGAUAAGCUUGAAGCGGAGAAACGUAUGCUACAAAUUAAACUUGACCAGCCGGUUUCUGAUCCAGCGAGUCCCCGAGAUAUCCACAAUGGAGAUACUGCGACCAACUUGAGUGCCCACAUUCAGACGUUGAGAUCUGAAGUGGCUAGACUUCGACAGCAACUAGCUGUCAGCCAACAAGAGCAUACACAAAAGAUGCAACGCUACGUGCAGGAGGAGCGUUGCAUUCGCGAGGAGAAUUUGAGGUUGCAAAGGAAACUGCAGCUGGAAGUGGAAAGACGCGAAGCUCUAUGCCGCCAUUUGUCGGAGAGCGAAAGUUCUCUGGAAAUGGAGGAGGAGAGACAUUAUAAUGAACAGGUUCUUGUCGUCAGACAGCACACCGUUAGUCCUGUUCCUUAUAAUCCGUCGCCUAGCCAGAGUCGUCCAUUAAGUCCAGGCCUGUCGUUGCAAGCACCCUCAUCUAGAGAUUCUUUAAUAGUAUCUGCUUCUCGUUGCCACAGCUGUGGUCAGCUCCAACCGCCCGCAUGCGUUCCAUCGAAUUUACAUACAGUUGGAUCGAGUAGUCCUCCGGCGCCUCCCCAUAGACGCACGGGCGAAAGGUUUAUAAAGCCAGCAAUACCCGCUCCUCAGCCAGCUAGUCCCAUGGAUACUUCCGUAAACAAGGAGUGAGGUUGCCGUAAUGACAACAAAUUUUAAGCUAAAACUGGAAUUUCCUAAUAUUUGUUUACUCUUUUUACAGUUUCAACAAUGAUAAACUAUAAUGGUUGAUAAAAAAAAAGUAUAUUUAUCUGUGUAUAAAAUUGAAUAUCUAUUAUUUCAUUUUUAUAUGUAUUUCAUUUGGACAAAAUUAAUGUUUAGCAAUACCUUCAAUCUAUUGCUAGUUAUCGAGUUAAUGAACGUUUUGAUGUCUUAGCAGCUACGUGUUAACAAGAAGCAAAUAAUUAUAAAAAAAAUAAUUUGCUUGUCGAGUACUUAAAACUAUUAUAAAUGUAAAAUUUCGAUAUAUAAUAUAUUCUAUCUUAUAAGGAGCUUCUUGAUGUUUGCCUAUAUGAGCUCAUCAAAAUGUAAUUCACGUUAAAUGUUAAACUGAACCAUUCUCCAUAUAGGUUUCUUAUUUGACAAUGAAAUUGUCUACUGUUUCGCUUUUACAUUUGAUUCGUGUGUGUGUGUUUUGUUUUUCUUGUUUAUUUCACGCACCUGCACUGUCAUUCAUUUUCUUACGUUACUCUAAGGAUAUACACAUGAUCCGCUCACAUUUCAUUCCAAUUAACAACAUAUCCUUUCUUAUUCGAUUUCUUUACGU